AUGGUGACAACAUCAUGGUUGACUUCUUUGUUGGCGUAUGUGGCCAUUGUUAUUGCUUUGGACCCAUCGAAAUAUGUUCCCUUCAAUAAGUCGCAAUUGGCAGAUGAUAGUAUAUUUGAACAAUUUGAAUACGAGUCCUUGGAACAAUCUCCAUGGGUGGUAUCAGCUAACGAUAAAUAUCUGGGAUUGUGGUCAAUAGAGGAAGGCACAAACGCUUAUGUUGGCUUUGAAGGUGAUAAAGGGCUUGUGAUGAAACUGCCUGCUAGUCAUAGUGCCAUUUCGUUGCCGGUGAAGUUCACUAAUAAAGAGAUACCAUUAGUUCUUCAAUAUGAAGUGAAACUUCAAAACGGACUUAGUUGUGGCGGUGCGUACGUUAAGCUUCUUACAGCCCCGAUCAACGGCAAGCAGUUUAAUUCUGAAACAGGUUAUGAGGUCAUGUUUGGUCCAGACAUGUGUGGAUCUCAGAAUAAAGUUCAUUUCAUCAUAAACCGGUGUAACCCUAAAACCGAGGAAUGUGAAGAAAAGCAUUUAACGGUCCCUCCCAUGGCCAAAACAGGCCAAUUGACUAAUUUAUACACAUUGAUAUUACACCCCAGAGGUGCAUUUGAAAUUAGAAUCAAUGGACAAGUUGCCAAAUAUGCCAAUAUCUUGGACAGACCUCAUUUGCUUUCUCCACCAUUAAACCCCCCAGUUAUUAUUGAAGACCCAGAAGAUAUUAAACCUGAAGGAUGGGAUGCGGAGCCUGAGUUCAUUGAGGAUCCAACAGUCACCAAGCCUGACAACUACGAACAAUUAUAUGGUAGUAGAUUUAUUCCUGACCCUGAUGUGGUGAAGCCCAAGAAUUGGCUUGAGGAUGAACCUGAGUAUAUUGAAGAUCCCGAAUCUACCAAACCACAACUUUGGAACGAUGAUGAGGAUGGAGAAUAUGUCAAGCCCGUGAUUCCAAAUCCAAAAUGUGAAGGUAUGGUUUGUGGAAAGAAAUGGGAAAACCAUGUACCAGUUGUACCCAAUCCGGAUUAUAAAGGACCAUGGAUUCAUCCUAAGAUCGCUAACCCCAAGUUCAAUGGAGAAUGGAGGCCUCGUCAAAUCUUGAACCCUGAUUACUAUGAAGAUGUUAGACCAUUCAACUUCAGACCAAUCGGUGGUAUUGGGUUUGAACUUUGGUCGAUGGAAGGCAGUAUUAUGUUUGAUAAUAUUUAUCUUGGACAUAGAGUUUCUGAAGCAGAAUUGAUAGGUAACUCCACGUUCCUUCCUAAACAGAAACUAGAAUCUAAAAACUAUGAGCUCCAUCGUCCCAAGGCUAAGCAUGAGCCAGUUGCCCCACCGAAGUCCGUUAAGUCUGUUUCUGAUUUGGACGAUUUGGGCAUCUUUGAGUUCUUUAGGCUAUUGAUCCGUUUACAAUUGAACAAUGUAUUUGACUUCAUUUAUGAUUUCCAAUUGGAUCCAGCAGAAACCAUAAUUAGAGAGCCUGUCAAGUUUAUAGCAUAUUGCUUUGGGUUUGUGUUCCUUUUCACCAUUGUGUUUGGCUUUGGAAGUGUGGUUAUGUUUUUGUUUACUCAAGCUGUUUCCUCGUUGUUCUCGCCGGCUCCUCCACCAGUCAUCAAACCAAACGAUGAAGUUGAAGAGGAGACACCAGUAGAAAUCGAAGAGAUCCAAGUGGAAGAACCAAAAUUGGUAGAAAUCUUUGAUGAUGAUGAUACUACAAAGGAAGUUAGACACAGAUGA